UCGCAGCAACCAGUGAUAACGCAGUAUAAAAAGGCGCAACAAGCAUCUGAAUUUUUAGAUACUCCUACACUCUCAGAAGAGCAAACGAGCAGUAAGAAAACAGCAAAAUAACAUGGAUGCGCCAGAGUGGUUGAACGAGAAUUAUAUGCAGGAGGCAUUGCGUGUUCAUCAUGCAGAUCCCAGCCUUCAGCUGCUAUCCAUGCAAGUCCAACCAGCCAUGGGAAAAGGCGAGAAUUAUGGCGGCAUACUAACACGUGUCAAAGCACAAUAUAAACUCAGCCACGGUCAGCAGAAAUUGGAGAAAAGCUUUGUGGUGAAGACAUCAUACGAAGAAGAUGCUACUGCCAGUGCCAUAAUGGCGCCCUAUGACAUCUUCAAUCGUGAAAUGCGUAUAUAUGAGGAGGUGAUGCCUAAACUAAACGCGCUGCUACGCGAAAUCGGCGACACUGAGCAACUCUUUGCCACAGCCAUACACGUGGAUUAUAAACGGCAAUUGCUGAUAUUCGAGGACCUGAGUGAGAGAGGCUAUGUCAUGGCUAACCGAUUACAUGGACUCGAUAUGACACAUGUCAAGUUGAUACUGCGUAAACUGGCCAAAAUGCAUGCAACCUCGGCGGUGUUGAAUGAGCGGCAGAAUGGCUGCCUAGAAAGUUACGAUCGCGGCUUCUUCAAUCGCUACACAGACAAUUACAGUCCGUAUUUUGUUGGCUCUCUGCUGGCAUGUGCAGAGUUCAUUUUGAAGAAUAUGCCCGAGCGCGCAUACUACGGCAACAAAUUGAAAGCGCUAGCGCCUUAUUAUAUGGAAAUUGGAAAACGCUGUUUUGCACCCACUCCGGGACAUGUUAAUGUGCUGGCGCAUGGUGAUGUCUGGGUCAACAACGUAAUGUUCAAAUACGAUCCGAAGACAAGCGAGCCCGUAGAUGUAUUGAUCAUCGACUUUCAAUAUUCAUUCUGGGGCUCGCCGACGCUGGAUUUGCACCAUCUGUUCAACACCUCUUUGCAGGAGCCGCUGCGUCUGCAUAAGCAGGAUAUACUCUUCCAGUAUUAUCACAGCAUCUUCACUGAUGUGUUGAGUAGACUAAACUAUAGUAAGCAUCCAGUGCCUACGUUAAACCUCUUCCGGCAACAGGUGGAGCAAAAGCGAUUUUUCGCCUUUCAUUCAUCCUGUGUCAUACAGCCGGUGAUGAUCAAUGAAAAUACAGACGAUGCAGACUUCAAUGCAUUGAUGGGCGAGGAUGAACGCGCACUCAAGUUCAAAUACAACGCCUACAAAAAUAAGCAGGUGCAGAAGAAUCUCAUAAAUUUGCUGCCUAUAUUCGAUAAGCGAGGACUUUUGGAAGUGGAUCAAGCAGAUUAACAAAUGAAUACUUAACGGGAUACGGGAGGAGGGGUGGAACAGCAUAUUAUUAUUAUUCCAUACAAGUGGCCUGGGUGUUUUUUAAGACACAUUUUCAUGCAUUUUAUUGGAAAAUUGCGGGCUGGACUCGUGAGUUGCUUUAAAUGUACUGGUAUGGUAUGAGAGAAUUGGUCGAAAAGCAGCAAAAGAUGUACGCCAUUGAAUUUGAAGGGAAUAUCGGCCUAUACCCGUCACCGCGCUUUAAUUAUAUUUCUUCUAUGUAUUAUAAUGUAGCCCUAGAUGAAAUGAUUCAAAUUUGUAUUGUAUCUGAAAGAGGUUGGGCUUGAAAUCAACAAAACAAAAUCGCCAAAAAAAUCGCCGCGGUUUGAGACCUAAUCUAAACACUUUUCACACAAACCAUGGGGAUUUCAUGUUUGGGUCAUAUUGGCCUUCAAAAUUAUUUUAGUUGGAACAUUUGUUUUAUUUUUAAGAGACAUACAUUCAUCCACAUGUAAGUUCACAGAACAAGAAUUCAAAUAAGAGAUUUCAAUACUCACACAAUUUUUUAAAACAAAAAAAUAUAUAGCAAAUUUAACUAU